UUUGCAUUUCAGGUUUUGUGUUCUUGAAAAUCAGAAAAUACGUUGUUUCUGUAAUUGGGUUGGACUGAGAAAGUGUAUCUAGGACUUGUAGAGCUGAAAAAACUUGGAGUAUUUAUAUAAAGAAGCAACCAUGGGGUGCAUCAAAAGCAAAGAAGACAAAGGUCCGACAAUGAAAUAUAGAACUGAAAACACUCCAGAACCCGUUAGUUCCCAUGUCAGCCAUUAUGGAUCAGAUUCCACACAAACAGCACAGUCACCCUCAAUAAAGGGACCAUCAGUUAAUUUUAAUAGUCAUUCUGUGACUCCAUUUGGAGGACCAUCGGGGAUGACGCCCUUUGGAGGAGCAUCAUCUUCAUUUUCAGCUGUGCCAAGUCCAUAUCCUAGUAGUUUAACAGGUGGCGUAACUGUUUUUGUGGCCUUAUAUGAUUAUGAAGCUAGAACUACAGAUGACCUUUCCUUUAAGAAGGGUGAACGGUUCCAGAUAAUAAACAAUACGGAAGGAGACUGGUGGGAAGCAAGAUCCAUUGCUACGGGAAAGACUGGCUACAUCCCCAGCAAUUAUGUAGCUCCUGCAGACUCCAUUCAAGCAGAAGAAUGGUAUUUUGGUAAGAUGGGGAGGAAAGAUGCAGAGAGAUUAUUGUUAAAUCCUGGGAACCAGCGUGGCAUUUUCUUAGUACGAGAGAGUGAAACCACUAAAGGUGCUUAUUCCCUCUCUAUACGUGACUGGGAUGAGGUCAGGGGCGAUAAUGUGAAACACUACAAAAUCAGAAAACUUGACAAUGGUGGAUACUACAUCACAACUAGAGCACAAUUUGAGUCUCUGCAGAAGUUGGUAAAACACUACAGAGAACAUGCUGAUGGACUGUGUCAUAAACUAACAACUGUGUGUCCAACUGUGAAACCACAAACCCAGGGACUAGCAAAAGACGCUUGGGAAAUUCCUAGAGAAUCUUUACGGUUAGAAGUUAAGUUGGGCCAAGGAUGUUUUGGUGAAGUGUGGAUGGGAACAUGGAAUGGAACCACAAAAGUAGCAAUCAAAACACUAAAACCUGGUACAAUGAUGCCAGAAGCUUUCUUGCAGGAGGCUCAGAUCAUGAAGAAAUUACGACAUGAUAAACUUGUUCCACUAUAUGCUGUUGUUUCUGAGGAACCAAUCUACAUAGUUACUGAAUUCAUGACUAAAGGUAGCUUGCUAGAUUUCCUAAAGGAAGGAGAAGGGAAAUACUUAAAGCUUCCACAGUUGGUUGACAUGGCUGCUCAGAUUGCUGAUGGCAUGGCAUACAUUGAAAGAAUGAACUACAUUCACAGAGACCUUCGAGCAGCUAACAUUCUUGUAGGAGACAAUCUUGUGUGUAAAAUAGCAGAUUUUGGUUUAGCAAGGUUAAUAGAGGACAAUGAGUACACUGCAAGACAAGGAGCCAAAUUUCCAAUUAAAUGGACAGCUCCUGAGGCUGCAUUAUAUGGUCGGUUUACAAUCAAAUCAGAUGUGUGGUCAUUUGGAAUUUUGCUGACAGAAUUAGUAACAAAGGGUAGAGUGCCAUAUCCAGGGAUGGUGAAUCGGGAAGUUCUGGAACAAGUAGAACGUGGCUACAGGAUGCCUUGUCCACAGGGUUGUCCAGAGUCUCUCCAUGAGUUAAUGAAAUUAUGUUGGAAGAAGGACCCUGAUGAAAGACCAACUUUUGAAUAUAUUCAGUCUUUCUUGGAAGACUACUUUACUGCUACAGAACCACAGUACCAGCCUGGAGACAAUUUAUAAGCCAACAGCCUACAUGAAAUGCACAAAUCUGCCAAAUGCAAAGAACUUGCAAAGAAUUCCUUGCUUUUUUGAAGUAAUUGCAGGAAAGAAUUUUCACCACUCUGCACGCUUUUAAUGGCAAACUGGAAUUGCAUAAUACAGUUGCACAAAACCACUUGUAAAGUGUUAUACCCUAACUUACCAAUGAUGUGAUUGGGUUUUUUCCAAUUUAUUUUAGGGUCCAAAGGAAGCUCUCUAAAAGUAAUGGAGGAUAAAAUGAGUUUUGGCAUGACCAUAUCAAAAAAAUGUGUGUUUAAAAUUUUUAUUUCCCUUAUGUUUUAAUAAUGCUUUGUUAGAAGGGGAAUUGUCUGGAAAUACAUGCUGCAAGUUUCGGACAAAAAGUUUUUAAGCAAAGGAAGAUUACGGGACCAAACAGUUCCAUUCCAAUUCUAUAACACUUCCUGUGUUCAGAAUUUGGGGUGGGGGGAGUGCAUUUAAAAAUGGUACAACCAUAUUUGAGAUACUGAUUCAUAAUCUUGAUUUUAAGCUUCCUUUUGCACGGACUUAAUUAGGGUAGACAAGGUUAAAAGAGAACUUUGAGCAGUGUAUGACAAACUUGAUUAAAUGAUAGACCUGAGUAGUGGAAUUGGAGAGCAUAAUGCACUGUGUUAAUACUUGUAUUAAUGUAACUGGAAAGUAGCAUGAGAGAUUUUCUUUUUUCCUUUUUAUUUGUUUUUCUGCGUAGCUAAUUAAGAAUAAUGAAGGUAACUAGAAAAUGAGGUAAUAUUUUAUAAGUUACAUUGAAAAAAAAUUGUUUGAACUUGAAACCAUACUAUACAAUCAGAGGGAAAAUUCUUUAAUCUUUUAAGCUCCAAUCUUACAAUGAGUUUUGUGUGAAAAGACAAAGGUUGUUGAAAAAUCGAAAUUAAUCUGGUAAACAGCCACAUUUUAGUCCAGUCUGAGACAGAUUUGGUACUGAGACGUAGCUAAUAUGUAUUAACAGGGAUCAGUGCCACAAAUGUAAAAUGUCUCAUUUCAGGGAUUUGAUUGCACUUUUAAUUUUUCUUGAAUAUAAAGACUCUCACACUCUCACACACUCUCCCUCUCCUCCUCCCCCCCCCCCCCCCAACAGAACUAUUUAAGUCACAAUAAAUAGAAAAAAAUGUGAAGGUUUAAAAUCUGGAGGGACAAAAUAUAUUUAAUAUUACCUAAUAUUGUGAUGACAAACUUGUGUUGGAAGCCAGCUCAGAUCACACUACAUCUAUAUUUUCUUCAACUGUCGACAUAUCGAGCAAUGGCAUUGUCUACAGUUUAACAAUUGGCAUAAAGUUUCCAAUUAAGCUUUCGUACUUUAAUGAUGAAUAUCUAAAUUGUUUUUUCACAUAUUGUGAUUAAAUUCAUGCUAUCAUUGUAAAACUGACAAAGUAGGUAAUGUAGUUCUGGUACUAAAAGUUAUUUUUCAUGUGUUUACACUCUGCUUUGUACUGAAUCCCUCUACCAAAUGGAUCUGUAAGAACAGUGCCGUUAUUUUCCCAUUUUCCCUCAUCUCAUCUGUGAGUAUCAAAUUUUAAAAGGGCUUUAUGUAAAAAUAAUAAAAAACAUGGAAUUGUAAUUUUUCUAAAUAUUUUAAAAUGGUAACACAAUCAUAAAAGUUUGUGUAUUAAUACAGUUAUAACAAAAAUGCUAGAAAAUGAUGCUGGCAUUAUUUGGAUUUUAAUUACUGAAUGGAAUAAUUCCUUGUAAUAACAUUUGUAUAGUAAAGGAAUAAAACACUAACUUAAUGAGUGUGUUCAUUGUAAAUGGUAGUGUAUUAUAAAACUUCUCCAAAAA